AUGGCGCGGCCUGGACCUGUAUUGAGCCUGAUGCAGACUGACUUUAAUACCAGCUUGAGUGAAUCAGCUGGGCGCAGGGACAAGCACUGCGCCGGAAUCAAUACUCCACGCCACUCGGCUGCAUGUAAUGAGUUACAUCAAGCAGGGUUCCACCACCGGGCAUUGUUUGCCGGAGAUGCAAGCAUUUAUUUCCAGGAAAUCGGGCAGUCUCAACAAGAGACGAACUGUCAAGUACAAAGUAAGUUCCCCGCUUGCACCCUGUGGGCUGGGCGAGGCGCGCGGCUGCGGCGUUGCGGGUCUCCCGCGUCCCCUCGGCCACCUCUGCGUCUCUGUCUGCACACGCGCCCGCCAGCCGAGCUGCGCGGGUGGCUCGACCGGAAAAGUUGCCGGGGCCGGGGGUGGCACGCGAGCGCCCGCCCGCGCCCCAGCGUCCACCCGGAGAAACUCCAGGGUCGCCGGAGCGCAGCCACCGCCUCCAGGAAGGGCACCCAACUGGAAGGGAACGCAGGACCUGCCCCGGAGCCCGCCCCGGCCCUCGGGCUCUCGGAGCGGCUUCCCCAGGACCCCGCGCCCCUCCCUGGGGUCCUCGGGGGACCCAGCCGGGCGGUGUGGAGCCGGCUGGUGGCUCCGCAGCACGGGCGGGCUCCGGGACCGCGCCGCCCAGGACGGCUCUGCGCGGAUCCCAAGAAUCACGUUUCAAAACAACUUCAGACGCGCGGCCAACGCACCCAGCAGCAGCCCCGAGCAGGGCUCCGAGCCGUGGCGCGAAUCCAGGAGGAAGCCGGCGCCGGGGGAGGAGGAAGGGGACUCCCAGGGAGACCGGGAAGCGGCGGGACAAUGGUCCGGGAGGCGGCUGCCGGGACAGAAAGCACCUGGCCGGCGCGCGCGCUCCCUCGGCGUCUGCACGUUCCUGACAAUGGCUUUCCGGGGAAUUUGCGAACAAGCUGGCGGCAGCCAGCAACAAGCGCCCGCGGCGAGCCGCACCGCGGUCGGCCCCCGAGUCCUAAGUACUUUCCCCCCGCUUCCCCUCCGGCCCAGCGCAGGCUGCGACGCCGCCGAGGCCACCAGGUCCCCCACGAAAAGCGCGGGGUCCACGCGCCGCGCACGGCCGCGUCCCCCGCGCCCCGA